AUGGCUAAAUUUGGUUCUUCAAUAAACCGACAAAAUAAAAAACAACGAAUAUCAAAAAUAAUUGAUUUAAUAAAUGAACUUCAAAAAAUUAAUAAUGAAUUCAAAGAAUCAGGGCAUUACAAUAAUGGAAAAUUGGAUACAAAAGAUUUACUAGAAAGAUUAAAAAACAAAAGUUGGCUUGAAGAUUGGGAUUGUAUUUCAUGUUUAAAGCUUUCUAAAAUCAACAAAAUUUUCAAGGAACAAUAUGAAAAAGAAAAAAAUCUUCCCAUAGACAGUCAUCAACGAACAAUGCCAUUCAAACUUCCCGUUCCAACGGCUUCCUUUCCGGAUUUUUUUAAUAAGGGCAAAUAUAAUCAUACCAAAAUGGAAAUUUAUUUAGGUCCUGUGAAUAUUGUUUUUGACGAAAAAGUUCCGAAUCGUAUGAAAAUAGAAUAUGAUAUAGUAAAUGGUCCUGACGGACAAUCUUAUUUUGCUGGAUGGCAAAAUGAAAAAAAAAAUGAUGAUAUUGAACCAACAGAUUCAAAAAAUUACAUCGAACAUAAUUCUGCAAAAAUUAUCGGUGAAAAUGUCGCUCUUGAAAAUAUCGCAGGUUUAGUAAAAACAUCUGAAGGAAAAAAAUUUAAAACCCAAAAGGUGAUCCUUAGUUUUGAGAGUGCUGCUUUCAAGUUGUUUCAAAUUAAAUUCUCAAAAGAUCCACAAGUCAUUGGUAGGAUUGAAACUUCGAUAAAUGAUUAUUUCACAAAUAGAGAAACACCUAUUGAGUAUUCACUCGGAGAGGUGGUGUACAGAAAUGAUAAUACCAUUAAUGCGUUGGAACCUGAAUCAUUUUCUUUUUACACAAAUAAGUACGCAUUUAUGAUUCACAUAAUAACUAAAACCGAUGCUUCGAAAAAAAACAAUCCACAAAUUAUGCCAAAAAAUAUAGAAGAGCAUUAUGGAUAUUAUUUACUUCCAAGUGACCGUGAGGCGGCAUUGUAUGUUAAUUCUCGGAUUAUAUUCGAUGAAAUUAUUGCAAAAAAUAUUACUGGUGGUAUUAAAGCUAGAGGAAUUAGAAAUGCAUUUGAUCCUAAAAAUGGUAUUUGGAUGCUUGAAAUAGAUGAGGAUUGGACAUUCUCAAGCGAUACAGUAACUGUGAGAUCAGGCCACGAAAUAUAUAAAAAUUAUCCUCAUCAAAACGACAUCGAUGUGAAGGUGGAACAUCAUACAAAUAAUAUUUCGAUAAAAAAAGGUUCGAAAUUUAGGGCUGAAAGUGAUUUAACAACACUUAAUUUUGACAUUAAAGAAAACUGGGAUCAAACCUUCGUCUGUGAAGAGAUAAAUACUGUGGUUAAUCCUGAUGAAAAUGAAACUGGUUUUGUGUACAGACCCCUACAUGCUAUUGCAAAAUUAUCCCUUGAUUAUAAUUUUACUGUUGGUCCGUUAAGCAUAGAUCCAAAAACCCAAAUUAUAGAAUUUCCUUAUAAAUCUCAAGUUCAGAAGAUUGUUUCAAUAAGCGCUAAAGAUUCAGCACAAAAGGAUUUUUUAGAUAAAUUGUUAUCAUUCCUAAAGAAAUCGUCACUUGAAGAAAUAGAACGCAAAAUAUCUGAUGAUUUAACAAAGAAAACUCUCGAAAUUAAAAUGAAACUUAACCAUAUUAAUGUUUUUGCUGCCUCAAACAUUUUGUUUCCUGGCCGUCAAAUUAUCAAAUAUGAUAUAAAUAGUGUAUUUAUUCCUGGUGACAUGGCUGUUUUCGGAAACUUGAAAGAAAGCCUUUAUGAAUAA